CCACUACACCGAAUGUCUCCUCCCACUACACCGAAUCAGCAAAUAGCUGCUGACACAGAGAUCAGGAAUUCAGUUUCAGGACUGGACAUGAAAAAAAUACACACACAAAAUGCAUACAGCCUGAUGGUUCAGUGUUAACACUAUCGGAGUGUGGACUUACAGUACAGUAGCCUGUCUGACCAAGUGAACCAGCAGUCUGGAUGGCCAGUUGAUCCUGCUAGUUGUUGAUCCUGCUAGUAGACAACUAGCCUAUAGCAGGUCUACUGAAGAACUAGAGGGCUUUGAGUUGGAAUAAUAACGUGGAAGAGAUAGGAGAAAGACAUUGCAAACCUACUAUCUGGGAUACUCUUCUGUCUGUUGGUAGAACUCUCUCUCCAGGACAAUGAGGAGAAACUCAAGACAAAAAGAACGGUCCCAGAUGUGUUGAAACCAAAGACAUUCAAUGGCAGGGGAUACGAGUCCAACUGUACAGCUGAGACAGGGCCCCCCAGCCUGGUCCCGCUGUCCCCUGGGGCCCCUGGGCUGGAGGACCCUGCAGCAGCCUACACCACGGGGCUCCUCAGCACCAGGCUCAUCCCCUCAGCCUAUCUCCUGGCCAUGGCAGUGGGCAUCCCCUCUAACGCUUUCAUCCUGGCCUUCCUGAGGCUCCGGGCCAGGUCCUACUCCAUGGCUGUCCUCUACCUGAGCCUGGCCCUCUCUGACCUGCUCCUCCUGCUCUCCCUGGCCCUCCGAGUCCACUACCACCUAAACGGAAACAACUGGGUGUUCGGCGAGGUGGCCUGACGCGUCGUCACCGCCUGUUUCUACUGCAACGUCUACUGCUCUGCCCACACCAUCGCAUGCAUCAGCCUCAAGCGCUACCUGGCCGUGGUGAGGCCCUUCCUCUACAGUCGGCUGCCCAAGAAGGCCUGGACCCUGGGGGCAAGCCUGGGCAUGUGGGGCCUGUUUGGAGCAGCUGCGGUACCAGAGCUCCUGGUGAGGCAGAGCUUCUUGCUGCCCCGUAUGGGCCUCAUCACCUGCCAUGACAUACUGCCCCUGGAGGAGGAUUCCCAUGCCCUGCUGGUGCCCUACAGGCUGACACUGGUCUGUUUAGGGUUCCUCGUGCCAUUUGUGACCUGUGCCUGGACCCAUGUGGCGGUGGUAUGGCACCUGGGWCGCUCAGGCCUCGACUGGACACUCUUCAUCAGAGUCAGUACACUGGUCUUCCUCAUCUUCACCGUGUGUUUCGCUCCCAGUGGCGUCCUCCAUAUUGCCCACUAUGUGAGGCUGUCCACCAGUGGAGAGGACGGGAUGUAUGUGUACUCCAGCGCUGCAGUGUGUCUGUGCUGCUUCCACAGCUGUCUGGACCCAUUCCUGUGUGUGCUCAUGUCCAGGACAACUGCCUCCAGACGACGCUUUGCUUCGCUCAGAAGGACACCUCAGAGACUUGCUGUUCCGGUGUAGAGACUCCGUGUGUGUGUGUGUGUGUGUGUGUGUGUGUGUGUGUGUGUGUGUGUGUGUGUGUGUGUGUGUUGGAAAGAAGGCCGAUUUAAAGCAAUGAUAUUCGAGUGAUAGACUGUUUUAAAACUCUGCAGCUGCAAUAAAAAAAACAUUUUUACAAUUAAAAACAAGGUGACCCGAAAGCCAGAUGGAGUUGGGUAAAUUAGACACGCAAUCGGUCUUAAUUUACUGUGGUAUAGGUUAUGCUGCAUUCGGUCUUUAUAUUACUGUGGUAUAGGUUAUGCUGCAUCGGUCUUUAUAUUACUGUGGUAUAGGUUAUGCUGCAUUCGGUCUUUAUAUUACUGUGGGAUAGGUUAUGCUGCAUUCGGUCUUUAUAUUACUGUGGUAUAGGUUAUGCUGCAUU